AUGGAUGGCCAUGCCAAGGGUGGUGGUGCUCUUAGCGUUGUUGCAGCUACAAAAAUCCAUGUGAUAUUCAUUGGAACAGGAGAACAUAUGGAUCAGUUUGAAGUUUUUGACGUCAAACCAUUUGUCAGACGUCUCUUAGGAAUGGGUGAUUUGUCUAGAUUGGUAGAUAAACUACAAGAGGUUCUACCUCAAGAUCAACAAACUGAAUAUUUGGAAAAGCUCUCCAAGG